AUGUCUGUGGUUGGCAUCGACCUCGGCUUCCUCAACUGCUACAUCGCGGUGGCGAGGAGCGGCGGCAUCGAGACCAUCGCCAAUGAGUACAGCGACAGGUGCACCCCGGCCUGUAUAUCUUUGGGAUCAAGAAAUAGAGCCAUUGGAAAUGCAGCGAAGAGCCAGAUAGUCACAAAUGUAAGAAAUACAAUUCAUGGCUUCAAAAAGCUUCAUGGACGAUCAUUUGAUGAUCCUAUUGUGCAAACUGAAAGGAUCAGGAUUCCCUAUGAGCUUCAGAAAAUGCCUAAUGGAAGUGCAGGAAUUAAGGUGCGGUACCUAGAAGAAGAGAGACCUUUUGCUAUUGAGCAAGUUACUGGAAUGCUGUUGGCUAAGCUUAAAGAGACUUCAGAAAAUGCUUUAAAGAAACCAGUAGCUGACUGUGUAAUAUCAAUUCCUAGCUUUUUCACUGAUGCUGAGAGAAGAUCUGUGAUGGCCGCAGCCCAGGUUGCAGGUUUAAAUUGUUUAAGAUUGAUGAAUGAAACUACUGCAGUUGCACUAGCAUAUGGAAUUUAUAAACAGGAUCUUCCCCUGUUAGAUGAGAAACCAAGAAAUGUAGUAUUUAUUGAUAUGGGACAUUCUGCUUACCAAGUCUCACUUUGUGCUUUUAACAAAGGAAAACUUAAAGUAUUGGCUACUACCUUUGAUCCAUAUUUGGGUGGCAGGAACUUUGAUGAGGCUUUAGUAGAAUACUUCUGUGAUGAGUUCAAGACCAAAUAUAAGAUAAAUGUGAAAGAAAAUGCUCGAGCCUUGUUGCGUUUAUAUCAGGAAUGUGAAAAAUUAAAGAAGCUAAUGAGUGCAAAUGCGUCAGAUCUUCCACUGAACAUCGAGUGUUUCAUGAAUGAUCUUGAUGUUUCUAGUAAAAUGAACAGGGCUCAAUUUGAACAAUUAUGUGUUUCCCUCUUUGCCAGAGUUGAACCACCAUUAAAAGCAGUACUGGAACAAGCUAACUUACAGCGUGAAGACAUAAGUAGUAUAGAAAUUGUAGGAGGAGCAACUCGAAUUCCUGCAGUAAAGGAACAAAUCACGAAAUUCUUCCUUAAAGACAUAAGUACCACAUUAAAUGCUGAUGAAGCUGUUGCAAGAGGAUGUGCAUUACAGUGUGCGAUUCUCUCACCAGCAUUUAAAGUGCGUGAGUUUUCCAUAACGGACAUUGUUCCCUACUCAAUCUCAUUACGAUGGAAGACCUCUUUUGAAGAUGGAACUGGGUCUGGGGAAUGUGAAGUAUUCUGUAAGAACCAUCCUGCUCCAUUCUCAAAGGUUAUUACUUUCCACAAGAAGGAACCAUUUGAGCUAGAAGCGUUUUAUACUAAUUUACAUGAAGUGCCUUAUCCUGAUCCAAGAAUUGGGAGCUUCACUAUUCAGAAUGUUUUUCCACAGCCUGAUGGUGAUAAUGCUAAAGUGAAGGUUAAAGUUCGCAUUAAUAUCCAUGGAAUCUUCAGUGUGGCUAGUGCAUCAGUAAUUGAGAAGCUAAAUAUAGAAGGGGAUCACAUCGAUGGUCCUAUGGAGACAGAAACUUCAUUUAAGGAUGAAAGCAAAGAUGAUGUGGAAAAAAUGCAGGUUGACCAAGAAGAAGGUCAUCAACAGUGUCACGCUGAGCACACCCCAGAAGAGGAAAUUGAUCAUACAGGAGCCAAAACAAAGUCAACUCCCUCAGACAGACAAGACCGAUUAAACCAGACCAUUAAAAAAGGAAAAGUCAAGAGUAUUGAUCUACCUAUCCAUAGUAGCCUGUGUAGACAACUGGGCCAAGAUCUUCUCAAUAGCUACAUUGAAAAUGAGGGGAAAAUGAUAAUGCAAGAUAAAUUGGAGAAAGAGAGAAAUGAUGCUAAGAAUGCUGUUGAAGAAUAUGUAUAUGAUUUUAGAGACAAGCUGGGCACUGUCUAUGGAAAGUUCGUCACUCAAGAAGACUUGAAUAAACUAUCCGCAGUAUUGGAAGAUACAGAGAAUUGGCUUUAUGCAGAAGGAGAGGACCAGCCUAAACAAGUUUAUGUGGAUAAGCUUCAAGAACUAAAGAAAUAUGGCCAGCCUAUUCAAAUGAGAUACAUGGAACAUGAAGAGAGACCAAAAGCUUUAACUGACUUGGGAAAAAAGAUACAACUUGUCAUGAAAGUGAUAGAAGCAUACAGAAAAAAGGAUGAAAGAUAUGAUCAUUUGGAUCCUGCUGAAAUGGAAAAAAUUGAAAAAUAUAUCAACGAAGCCAUGAGUUGGCUUAACAGUAAGAUGAAUGCACAGAAUAAAUUAAGUCUCACUCAAGAUCCUGUGGUGAAAGUUUCAGAAAUAGUUGCAAAGUCAAAGGAACUGGAUAAUUUCUGUAACCCCAUCAUUUACAAACCCAAACCAAAAGUAGAGGUCGUAGAAGACAAUGCAAAAGCUAAUAGUGAACACAACGGACAGAUGGAUGGACAGAGUGGGACUGAAACCAAACCAGAUACAACAAAAGACAGCUCACAGCAUACUAAAUCUUCUGGGGAGAUGGAAGUGGACUAA